AUGCGACACCUGGACGUGGUGAACCGCACGGCAGAGCUAGCGCAGGUGUUUGGAAUCGACUUCUUCUCGGUGCUAUCAAGGGGCUCUCAGUACCGAGUCGAGUCAAUGAUGCUGCGACUCGUACACUCCCAGAACUACCUGCUAAUUUCGCCCUCUCGCAUGCAGGUAUCCUCCCAGCCCGCCCCAGCGUGCAUCCCUCUAGUGAUGGAGCCAGAGUGUCGCUACUACACCAGCCCCGUUGUAGUCCUGGACUUCCACUCGCUCUACCCCUCCAUGCUCAUCGCCCACAACCUCUGCUUCUCCUCCUGCCUCGGCCGCAUCCCGCCCCCCUCCUCCUCUGCUGCUGGCGGUGCUGCUGCUGGUGGUGGUGGUGGUGCUGCUGCUGCUGCUGCUGCUGACUGA